AUGGUGCUGCUGCUCUCUGCACUGCUGUGCCUCUGCCUGGUCCAGCUCGCCCAGGGUGCCACCUUCCGGCAAUUUGUGUCCAGGCAUGUUAACGAGCCCAAGACCGCCGCUCCUAACAACAACGCUUACUGCAAUCGCUUGAUGCAGCAACGGGGCAUGACCCGGCCCCGCUGCAAGAUUACCAACACCUUCAUCCAUGCCCCUAUCAACCAGAUCAGAGCCAUCUGCACCAAUGGUGGGAGACGUUUCAGCAGGCACCUCUUUGACAGCCACAUGUCAUUCUCCCUCACUGGUGAACCAGAGACGCGGCAGGUCUUGUAG